UGCACGGUGUUGAAAAAGAAGCGCUACAUCACACUGUCAACCGUCAACGGGUAGUGAAGAUAAAAGCUAAAAUCACUUCGAAGCAUGAUCAGUGUGCACGGGUUGAAUAGUUCCACCCGCAGCCCCUAUAGCAGCUUUGCGUGAAUUGUCCCCUUAGAAGUGAGAGGAGUCGAGAAGCAAUGGAUUAUUGGAUGGUUGGAGCAUUAUGAAAGCAGGGCAUGCGUUGAGCAGCCAGUAGAUAUGAAACCACGUCAUCGGGGACGCGCUGCAGCCGAAAUCUGGUGUGGCGGACAGUGAGAGAAAGAAGUAGUUACACUUUGGCCCCGUAAAACAACAUGAAUAGCUUGACCGUAUUGCCGCCAGGCAGCACGCCUGCUAGCGGACAGCUCACAGAUGCGACCAGCAGCAAUGGAGGUGGUGCUGGCGUUAGCAGAGAGGAUCGACUGCUAGUGGCUGUCCUGAGUGUAGUGCUGGUACUGUGGAUAUUUUUCUUAUUGCUAUUUGCACGUGUUCUGGGUGCCAUUGCUACCAAAGUCAUCAACAAACUGCGACCCAGCCUUAACGCACACAUUGGGACAAUGACCAUAUCGCUGCUAACUGGAAAGCUCAUAUUGCACGAUGUCCGUCUCACUGGCACAGAUGGGUCGGUGGCGGUGGACAGCUUGACGGUGAUCUUCCGAUGGUGGCGCUAUUAUAAACCUGGUCGACGCUUCAUCCUGCCAAGUAAAGACUGUCCGGACUGUCCGCUGACGGUGCACAUGGAGGGAUUCCGAGGCUACUGGUACAACAGAACGGAUGUAUACAACAACCUGGAGAAGGUCUUCACGGGCAAUCAGGACUCUAGUGUUGAUGUGCAAGUACAAGCAGAGGGAAACCAGAGCAAUACUGGCGAAUCACCAUUGGAUGCAUGGUGGCGAGAAUGGCUACCGGCUGUUCAUAUCCAUAUUGUCACCGCUCAACUCGACAUUGGUAACAACCACUUGCCGACAUCACUGUCUUACCGAGCUGAAACUAUCAUCGGCCUCCUUACCCUGGAAAAGCCCGAGUGUGAGCUGGACAAGGCAAGUUACAUUGCGCAAUGCCGCUCUCAGGGCGUGACGGUCAUGCUACUGCCAUCGCCAGGCUACGAAGGUGACAUGGAAGAGGCACCUCGGUUCGGAAACGAUGGAUUCGUUGUGAUCAAGAGCGGAGUUGUCACGUUCAAAUACCUUCAGGACGAUGCGGGUGUAUGGCCAUUAGGUACAAUUGGUAAUGGCGUGCAGUACAGUAAUCCUCAGUGGCACUUGGACGUCGAGUUCGGUGCAGAACUAACGGGCUCCAGAAGAAGCCGGAUAACUGAGACGACCACCGUCACUUGGGGUCCCUGGGCUGACAGGCAACGGGCCAAUCUGCAACGCUUCUUCUUCCCACAGUCCUACCAGGCUAUGGAAGUGACACCACGGCCAGAGGAAGGCAAGAUUAGGGCACACACGGCGUUCAACUUCAAUGUCUAUUUACGUACGCCGGCUGUCGUUGAGUUUGUCUUCGCCAAUGAGAGUCCGGACACAUCAUCCAUGUACUUAGAGGCCGGCGCAACAUCGUUUCUCAACAUGACUUACCCAUGGCUGGUUGAACCAAGCGGUGUGACAGUUACGACCGACGUUACAUUGGUGGAUGUCAAUGUGUCCACUAGCUUACUCUACAGACCCUGGAUAGACACAGAGAGGUUGGAGCUGAAGCUCGCCCAGAAGUAUCCGCUGGAGUGGAAUGGCGUACAGGACUGGAAGACAACAGUGGCGUUGAGCAACACAGCGUUUGUCUACCUCGAUGCACAUCUAGAUUUAGUAUCAGCACUCAUUGAGGAUCUGGGAAGCAAGGAGGCACCUGAUUUGCUCAGCUUUAUUCCGUACAAGUGGACGGUCGGCGUAAAGCUGGACGAUUUCCGAAUGCUAUGGAUGUGCAAUCAGUACAACUGGCUGGAUUGCUCGCCAUCCAAAGUUGCUGCUGCUGACAAUGCAUCAAUAUCGUUGCAUGGAGAAGAAUUUCUGGUGGACUUUGAGUACCCAAACCUGGAAUUCCAAGCACCAGUCUACAACACCGAGUACCGCCUAAGGGCAAGGAACGUUAUGGCGGAUCUGCAUCUUCCUCGCUGGCACGGUGCACGUGGUUGCUUUGUCAGUCUCGCACAGGCAACGCACGACCAAUGGCUGGCGUUGAUUCCCGAUAGCGUCCAUCGCUUUCACUACACGGGUGAAGAUAUGGACACGGUGAAGUUCUCGACGCCGCGCCUGACACUGAACCGCACACUGUCCGCAGCUUCGGCCGCACUAGCUGGACCGGACGAAGCGAAGACACCGUCACCCGUGCAGGACGAGUGGUUCAGCUGCCUGUGGGCACCGGGUGCCAGCAUAACAUUCCGCUACAAGUCCCACUCGGCAGUGGCGUUUGCAGACGGCGCGUAUCCAGCGCUGAAAGCGGACGCACUGCCCACCAAUCCGCACUGGCACAGUGAGCCCAACAAUCUUCAAAUGGAGCUGAACGUCUCACCGGGAUACUUGCGCCUCUUCGGGUCCCUUCUGCGGCACUUCAUCUUCUUGAGGGAGAACUACUUUGGUGGAUUUCAAAAGUUCCACAGGAUCCCGUCGGCCAGUUUUGCUCGAAUGGCAACUAAGACACGCUUACGUCAGAUGCAGACGGAUGGUGCUGCUGUUCUGGAUGAUGAAGAAGAGGAGGCUCUGGAGCCACUACGGCAACUUGACAUCAAUGUCUCCAUUGUUGUGGACAGACUCCAUGCUAUUCUGCCGAAGCACAUCGCCGCAUCCACUGAAGUCUUGCCCAGCAUCGUAAUGGAAGGACUCACCGUAUCUAUGGUGAAGGAUAUCAAAGAAGGCCAUCUGAAUGUGGCUAUUGGCCCCUGUCAUGUCAAUCUGCGGGGCCCGUUGCAGAGACCACCUCCGGAUGAGAAUUUCAGCGCUGGUUCGCUGAGACUGAAUGGUAUUAAUAUCUGUGCAGAGGGUCUAUACGACGGUAUAGACAAGACAUUUGUGGAGUAUGGCUGGCUAGUUCAUAUGGCACUGUCACCGCUAAUUGGCCAAGUCACCAUACCACAGCUGCACCAAGUCUUUGGCUUUCUCCAGCCAUUCCUGCUGCAAAUGAUCGCCGAGGAAGACCAGCUGAAGAUGCCACCUCCGCUGGAACCCAGUGUACCCAGACUCGGCAGUGACCUGAAGACCAUACUUCCACAGAAUCUGACGGACCGUGCCGAAGUGCUCAAGUACACGAUGAUCAGAUUGAUUGCACCGGGCAUUCACGUCCAGGUGGUCGAGGCAGGCUGUCAGCUCCUGCUUCAGGGUGGCCCAUUUCGCCUGGCCAACUGCACACUAGCCAAUGCAGAGUGCACAGAAGGGUACAGUCUGCAGCUGCUGGACUUUCAGCUCACGCAGUACGUCCAAGAAAACCGCCUGAUCGGCUCCGGCCCCGAUGCUAACCAGUCGAGCCAGUUCCUCGACGCUGGCAACAUACACCUGCCCGAAGUCAGUGUUGACCUGCGGAUGAAGGAGCCGUAUCCACUGGUCAGAGAGCAGCUUGACUUUCUCAUCAAGCACGACCGGUCUACCCAUCGCCUGUGGUUCCUGUGGGAGAACCAAGAGUUCUGUGGCUGCUGUGGCAACUGCCAGUUCAGCUCUGCACAUCUAGAUGAUGAUGGACUGGUGGUCGAGGAAGACCAGGAGGAAUGGACAAACUUCACACGCGCUUGGCUGAGUCCGUAUGGCGACGAAGGGGCCGGCGAAGGCGGCGAGUUUGCCGAAGAAAGCCUAUCCGGACUGUCGGACACCUCGAGUGACUCGUCAAGCUUGCGUGUGGUGGAGCAACCUGGUGUUUACCCACGCGUGUUGUCAGUCUCCUCCACCAGUAGCAGUGGCCAAUCAGACCUAGGAGUAACUCCCGUUCCCACUGAACACCUAUCACCAUGUCGCCCGCAUCAUCAAGUUAAUGAACAAGCACAUGAGUUGGCAGAGCAGCAUGACGGCAGUACAGUUGUGAGCAAAGCUACAGAGCAGCAUGACGGCAGUAUUACGCCUGUGGGUGGGGCGACACCUUCUACCCGCCAUGAUAGCCUCCAUCGCUUCGGGUCCGCUCCGGCCGGAGUAACAGCGGCGGAUGCGGCACGGCGCAGGCGCCUUGGAUCUAAUCUGGAGGACUCGGCAAGUGCUGCUCAACUCGUCGCCGAGAGGAUGUUGAUGGCUGGCAGUGGAGGCGGCGGCAGUCAGCCAGUGCUGUACCAGCAUAGCUACUCGCAUGUCUCAACGCAGAGCAAGGCCAGCAUAGCUACAGCGGGAAGCGAGGCGUUCUUCUCCUGCGAGGAAUUUGAGACCAACGCCUCCACUCCGAGCCUGAAGCCUAGUCAGCUGCGCCGGCAGAUGCUACGACGGCUGAGCCGCCACUCCAUGGGCAAGUCCAAGGAGAAGUCGUCCAGUGAGUCCUCAUUCGUAUCCGCCCUUGCCAGUCUGAAUAGCUUGAGUGGCCAGCGAUCUAUGCCCGGUGAGGUCUCCAGUGAUGAUGUUGUGGGCGGCGAGAGUACAUGCGUGGAUAGCAAGGCAAUCGAUGCUGCCUUGCUCGGUGAGCACAGCACGACGAAUCCAACACCGCUGGAGGCGACAAGACGAGACAGCCGCCUGUCCAUGCAUGAUGACGGUGCUAUAACGAUGCACUACGCUGCAUGCCUGGAUGCCGUGUACGGGGACAACGGCACGGAAAGAGCGAUGUCGCCCACCAACGAACUUCACGAUGCCCGCCGGGAAUCUUUCCGAAGGCGCCCGAGAAAGUCCUACACCUCGACGCCGCUCCACCCGACAAAGCUGGUGCAGCGGACUCCCGUGUUAACUCGCAGCACAUGCGGCAGUCCGACACACAGUGGAACGAUGCCGCUCACACGCCCUACCGGUGCUCCUGGUGUUGGUCAGCGACUUGGUCAUGGCCGAUCAGUGUCCUUACCUGGCCGGGGCUCUGCAAGUAGUGCCUCCGAUGGUCCAGCCACAGGUGAAGUGGAAACCGGCACCCAACAUCAUCCCAAUGUGCACGCAAGCACUAUUCCGGAAGAGGCUGAAGUCCUCAGUGAACAGGAACCUGCAGCGAAUGUGGAGAAAGUGGCGAGAGAAGUGCGUGCUGCAGUUGCAGUACCCAGUGGUAUUGAUUUGCUGAUCACACCACUUGUAGUGGCAGCUAUGCAAAGGUAUUCACAAGUCAUACCAUCGUUUGACAGUACAACCACUCUAGCGUCCACUGUGGACUGGAUACAUGACUCAACGUUGGCCAAGCAUAGUGAACAUGCUGCUCACACUGCAUCCGUCUCGUCUUCCAACGAAUCUGAAGUGCCCAAGCGCACCACCCUCACUGUGGACCUGCCCACUGUGUCCUGUCGUAUCCUGCAAGCGUCCACUGCCGUGCAUGGAGGAACACGCUCUUCCCAGGUCUCCGUAAUAUGUCUUGUGAUCGAGGAGGCGAAGCUCCUGGCACGGCUGUCAACACCAGAUCUUGAUAAACAGCUUUCCAAGCAGGCAGAGCCGCUGGUGUUCCCUGAGCCUGUCCAGCGUAAGCUACCGCAGGAUAUUCUGGCCAGCGUCGAUGUCAAGUCGGUGCACAUGCAGCUCUGCUCACAGGACAAACAUGCUGCGGGACUGUCACCGGACGCGUCUCGCGUCUGCUUCUCGCUGGACUCACCGUUCGGCCAGUUCAGCGAAAGUGGAGAAGUGCAGAGCAGUAUUCUAUGCGAGUUUGGUAUCGAGCGCGCUCAUGGCGCGGUGUUGCGUCAAAGCUGCUCUGCUUCGUCGCAUGACUCACAGUCCGAGGCAACCAUACAUGUGUCUAGUUCAGUCGGUACUUUCUCGGCCCACCGACAACAGUCUGUAUUUGCCAACCCAGCAGCCAUGUACAGCUUUAACCAGGAUGAUCGGCUACCCAUCAUAGACGGUGAUGGUGACCAUGGUGUGGACGUCAGCUCUCCACUUUCCCCGGCGUCCACACGGCCAACAUCCAUGGCGUCCUCUCAGCCACUAGACACGGACAUGGCCAGCAGUGCCGAAGUCUAUGGCUCGGUGGGAGAGGUCUGGGUACAGCUACCAUCGGCUCCCAGGCCCAGUGCUGUUGUAGCCAGUGGAGAGCUGCCGAUCAAUGUCCUCUCCGCUGCUAACCUUGUCCUGGAUAUUUGGCGAGAUCCGAUCACGUCGAUUGUGGCUAGAGCAGUUACGCUGGUGGCUGAAGCAGAGCGAAUCAGAUCACAUGCCAUUUGUGGCUUGUUAGAAGAGUUGAUCAUCCGUAAUGCUGCUGUUGAUGAGCUGACCGUGCUUCACAUUCGAAAGCCAUUCUCCCGCUUGUGCUGCACCGCAAGUGAUUUGCUUAUUGUACGUGCACUGUAUCACAUGCCAAAACAUGUGCUGGGUAGAUGUGUGCCGCAUUUAUCCAGCGAGGACGGUGACUCUCUGGAGCUGACAGAUGUCAAGAGUGGCAUUGUGGCACAAUGCGUUGGCUGGUUGGCAGCCCGGGAGCCUCACGAUACCCUGAGCUAUCGAAGCAGUGAUGCCACGCCUCUACUGGUCAGCCACCAUCGCAAACCCAACACAGUUCGCUCGCGGCCUAAAGCGACCAAGACCGACUACUUGAUGGCAAUUCCCAACAUUGCCCACACCAAGCUUGUGCAACUUACCGCAGAUCUGCGCUGCAUGGCGGAAACUCUAGGUGCGCAGUUACCAGCUGAGGUUCGUAAGUAUUUGACCAAGAACGACCCACCACAGGUGCCCGAAAAUCACAUGGCAAAGUUUGAGAUAUCCGAGAUCUCGGUUCAUGUUUGUCCGUGGUACAAUCCGGGAUCCGUGUCUUUGCCCGACCAAGUGCACAAGGUCAUCUCGUGCCAGGCAUCUUCUCUGAACUUCUGGUCUGAACAAGAAUUGACGACCACUGAACUUCCCGUGCCAGUUUCUGGUGAAGAAGCGGUGCUCUUUGCCAAAGGUGAAAUUUCCGGCAGCUCGCCACAGAAGAUGCGCAAACAGCUGACGCUGAAGCGAAGCAUCCGAGCGCUGGCCUCGCUCGGAGAGGUCUCGAUUGUUCCCAGUCAGGACCUACUGGACAUGGCAGCGUUUCUGGCUGCAUCCAAGGACCAGUACAUUUCCCAGUCCAUGUCAGUGGCAGAGCCGGUGUGGGCACAGCCUGUCCUGGCCCCACUCCAGUCACCAGCGCCAUCCAGUGCUGCUAGUCCAUCACGUGGGAACAAAGCCAGCUGGCAAUCAGUGCAGUACUUCAUAACGGUCUUCUCACGUCGUAUGGCACGCCAGCAGAUGGAGUGGCAAGCGCUGCGCGUCCUGCAAAUGGGCACUGCAUUGGACGAAAGCCGUGAGGGCGAGGGGCAAGAUGAGACUGACACGCGUGGACGGUCAAAUCGUCUCCGAAGCGGGAAGCAGUCACUCGGUGCCGCCAGUCUCAACAGCUUACUGGACAUGGACGAUAGUGAUGAUGAUGACGAUCUGCUUGCUGACUCUGAUCUCAGUGAUGAUGACGGUGUGGCCAGUAACCUUGAAACUGCUCUUGAGUUCCUGCUUGUGCCUGGACAGCCACGGCAGGGCGAUCAGCCGGACUCCAGACCACAGCAUCAACCUGCUGCUGUUGGGCAUGGCGAUGCGGAAAACCCCACUGAGACUGUACGUGGUGAGGCCGAUGGCCAGUCAGUUGAUGACAAUAGGGAAGCAGCUGAGUCUCCUGGCUCUGACCUGACCACCACGGUCGCUGCAUCACCAGAACCACUCUCAGCCGAGAGCACCGUCUUCACGUUCGUUGUAAACAAGUUAAGCCUGACGUGGAACAUCGGCCGUUCAGUGGCAUCAGUGUGCGUGGAGCCAUGCCAUUUUGUUGCCAGUUCUGGCGAAGUACACACCAUCAUUCCAUCCAGCCCGGGCUCAGCUGACUCAAGCAAUGUUCCAUCCAAACCCUCUAAAGGGAAUGGUCUGUCGUGUUCAGCCAGUGUGCCAUCAGUCUCCCUGGAGAUUGCAGCUUAUAGCGGAAAUGGCUUCACACCAUUGCUGUCAGCCACCGUCAGUGACGUGGUGUACCUGAUGUCCAUGCAAAAGAACCGCCAUCACACCCACCGCUUCCACUGCAGUGCGCUCAGGCUGCAUGCACCGCGGCCGUUUGUCACCGUUGCACGCCUCCUGAAUCACAGCAGCAGUGAGAUCGUGACGGCCAUCACCAGUAUGCAGCACUGGAUACGGGUUGGUGAUCAUUUUGCACUGAUGAGUGCUGGAGCUGACUCCCAUGAUACUCAGCAUCACCAACGCCAACAACAGCAUCACCAGCAACAACAGCAGCACCAGCAGCACCAGCAGCGGCACCAUCACCAGCAUCGUCAGCAUCACCAGCAGGAAGUCACGGCAGGUAGCAGUGGUGCUAUUCCCACCAGCGCUGGUGGUGAGAGUAGUACACGUGCUGGUACCAGCGGGGGCAGUGGCAAUGUUCCUGGGGCUGGCAGCACGGGUGAUGUCGGUGCUGGCACGAAGACCGACAAGCUGUUUGCCGGAGAUCACGUCCUAACGUUUGUGCUUGCAAAGCUAGUCAUGGAGGUUAAGUUUGUGCAUCGUGCAAGCAUAGCCUACGAGGUGCAGAACAUUGAGUGCAACGGCAUCAUCUCCGACCAGGAGCACAGUCUCUUUGCCCAGAUCCAGUCGCACACCAUUGCAUGCCACGCCGAUUGCGCUGUGCUGUUCGUUCAGGUCCCGCGGCAACCGCCAUCCACGAUCAAGCUCGUCUUGCCGUCGACUGUGGCCACGGCGGUGCGAAGGCUGUCCGAGCGUGCACCCGGCCCUCGUGUGUCCGUGCGGCGCUUGGCACAGCUACGCCAGACCCUGGUGAUCAACAUGGACAGGUUCACGCAUCGUCUGACAACUGACGCUGUCUACCAACUUGCCGUCAUGCAGAAGAGCUUCAGCAAGGAAUUCGAGGAAGCGAAACGAAUAUGGGAGGAAAAAAGUGCCGAGCUGCUGGCUGCUUCAGUACUUGAGACUGGUAAGCUAGCCCCACCGCAGAUGAAGCAGCAGCUGAAAGAAGAUCCACUACUGAGGGCACGCCACCGAGUCGUGAAUAUCCUACGUUUCAAGUGGCAGGGUAUUCAGCUGACCGCGUCUACUCCGUCUUCAGCUAGUAUCGUGGUGCGCACUGGAUCGGUGUCCGGUGAUCUAGCCCAGCAAGGCUAUGGCUCUGGUUCACAUGACCGUCAUUACCGAGGCAAGAUUAAUUUCUCUCUCACAGCCAAGCUUGGCAAUGCUUUGACGACUGGCCUCUUCUUUUCAGAGGACAGUGAUGAUGCGGCAGCAGAACGCAGAGAGGAUGGCUUUCAAACCCUGGCGUACUUCACGACAUCUGUCUCGCUGCAGAAUAUGCUCAAGGGUGAAAGCUCUGCACACGACCGGUCUGGCGACAAGUCGUCGAGCCUCAGCACCGUUCUCGCCAAUCUCUCAUCACCUCGCAUUUGGUGCUCAACGAAAGCCAUUGAUCCAGCUCUCCGCCUGUGGCUGAACUAUCAAGCUGCUCUGAAAGUAUGGCAACAGCAACAACAGCAACAUCCUCAGCAGCAGCAGCAGCCGAAGGAAAGGAAGCCAGCUGAGGAUGUUGAACUUGCACCACAAGAUGAUGCACAGUCCACCUCCUACCUGCUGCAAAUUCAGCUCCGUGACCUUGGCAUCUGUGUUCCGUUCGCUCUGCCAACAACCCCGGGUCAAGUCAAGUCGCCAACAUCAAGCUUCACGCCGGGUGGUAACCAUCUUCUUCCAGGCCCCAGUCUACUUCUGCAUAUCUCGGAAAUAGCCGUGUCAACGUCGCUUGCCCAUUCCACGGCCAGCCAAGGAACAUUCCGGUUGUUCUCCCUACAGCUCCUGGAAUUCUUCGAUGAAAAGCAAAUAGCCUGGGAGCCAAAGGGCCUGCCCUUGGUUAAUGGCGCCCACGUUCCAGAAGGUACAUGCGUUGUGUGCAGCAGAUCCAUUGUAGCCGACCAUGACGACAAGGAAGAAACACCGGCAGCCGAAGCCCAGACAACCGCCUCUGUCGUGAAUGACAAGGUGUCACUGUGCGUCAACUUCCACAUGGCCGGCAUUGACGCGCACGCCGACACGGACAUUAGCCCGUUGCUUUCCGGCAUGCUGGACGCCUUGACCGCCGCCACGGCUGAUCUCGACAUGGCCGAGGACGGCAGCAGCAGCAACAGCGGCAGCAACGUGGCUGGCGCUGGUAGCGUGGGCGACAGCAGUAAUCGAGUAAGAACGCCGCAACCGUCGUCUCCCGUGCGACAGCUAAACCUAGAGCCCACGUCACCGGGUCCGGACAUCUUCAUGACGCCCGUAGCACAAGCAGCCUACACUGCACCGGAGUUCAACUUGAACGUUACCGAGGCCAAUCUGGCAGAGCUGGAAGAAGCACUGAGAGUACAUGGUCAUGCUCUUGGUGAAGCAAAUCUUAUGGGUAGCAAAGCGGACCAAGAGCAGCAAACACAGCUGUGCAGAGAUCUGGAAGCAGCUAUUUUCCACCGGAAGAAGUUGAUACGCAACCGCCGUGGCGGUUCUCGUCCCAGCAUAGCCAUGAGCAAGGACUGGUCAAUUCUAUUGACUCCAGCAACAGGAGGAACAGCAGGAACCACAACUACUGACGGCAAGGAGGACACGGGGGAUUCUACGGCUGCCAAGCGGCGCAGUUUUGCACGUCGUUCCAGCACGGGAUCGCUUCUAGAGUCGGAAAUCAGCGCGGGACGCGCCAGUCCACUGGCAAUGGAACGGGACAAUGCCCGGCCGGCCACACCCCGCCGCAAGUCGCUGAGACGCUCAAUCACCGGUGCAAUGCAGCCGUUCAGGCACCUGGUCAACAUCGCCAACCAGCCAGACAUGGCACGGCAACGGCGCCGCUCUCCCAGCGCAUUCUUGCCGCCACUGACACUGCCUGGAUCGCCGUCGUCCACCGCGGACGUAGCUUUACCUGCACUUCUUGUGUCACAGCCCAGUGUCGAACAACCAGCAGAUGUCAACGGUACACGGACAGGUGAUGGGACGCACUCUUCAUCGGUGAAAUUCAAUUUGCCAACAACCAAUUCCCGCAGCUCUCUCAGUCCGGACGAUAUACAAUCAUCGCCGUUUGAUGCCGUGACGCCUUUCGAUGACGAUGAUUACGAGGAUGGGGCUGGCCAACAGCAACAGUUCAGACCUGGUGAAGGUGAUGCCGAGGAUACAUCUUCUAUUGGCACGGCAAGAUCGUGGUCCUUUGUUGACCUGGAUAUUGCCAUUGCCAUUAACAUCAACAGUGGCCAGUGCUGCCUCUACCCAGAGCCAUUGCCCAAAGACAACAGAGAAGCACAGCACAGCAAGAGCCGCUCUGGACUGCGUGCAGGCAAUAUGGCCGGAGGACCCUCAGCGAGUGCUACUGCCUCUGGCCAGCCAAAGUCACGCCUGCGUAUGGCCAACAUGUCCAAGGGCGCUGCGGACAGCACGGUUCUCCUCAUUCCUGGACUGCACAUCACAGCCGCGUACAACACAGCCACGUACAAUGCCGAUCCCACAACAGGCACUAUUCAUCUGACUCACAUGGCUACCAGUCCGAACCGGGCAGACAUGGCGUCGCUAAACUUGGAUAAAGCACACAAUGCUGUUGUCAACCAGCGGCGCUAUGGUACUCUGCAUGUUCAGCUCAUAGUGGAAUCCUUGCCAGAAGAGAUGGUCAUAAAGCCAAGUUUCCUGGCAUUUCUCGAGAAGGUCCUUGUGAAGGGUAACUUUGCUACAGGCGUGCCUGCUGCCAAGCCUGCUCAGGGACUGUCAACAAUUUCCGAGAAGGAUGACGAUGAGGAGAGGGGCAAGAACAGUCCGGAGGCAGAUCAUCGUCCUCCCAGCCCAACGUCCACCGUGUCGGGCCAUUCCACCACCACCGGCAGCUCGGGAUCGUCGAGCGGCGUGCCCAUUGACGUUCUUCUCCUCGUCCACGUCAAGCCAUCCUACAUUCGCCUCAGCUGCAUGCCCUGGUCUUCACUGGAGUGCAUACUCAAGCUGCCCUCGGUCAAUGUCUCACUGGCCAACCUCUCGCCCAAACUGCCGCUGAACAUGCCGUCAUGGAUGGACAGGCCCAGUGCGUCGGUGGCUGGCGAGUUCAACUCCGAACUCAGCGGUGUCUUCCUGACGGGCACGUUGUCUCGCUGCUCAGUUCUCUUGGCCUUGCCCUACUCUGCACCGUACGCUGGAGCGGGUACGAGCAGCACAGGACUGGCCGGUAAUGUCAGGAGAAAGGAAUCGCUGUUCGUAGAGCUGUCGUCGAUCAAGGUCUCGCUGUCUCGCCAGCACUUCCCUUCGCUGCCGGACCGAGUUGGAACAUUCAAUGUACUGGUCUCAGGUCUGGCCGAGAUAGACAUGGCUGAGUUGAAGUACGACACUCGGAACAUUGGCGACAUUGCAGCCUUCAUCAAGGCCUGGUCUCAGACCAGACUCAUUGAGAAGCUGCUGCUAACGCCUGACGACUCCAGUGGUGCUGUCUUGGAGCCAGAAAAGUCGCAGCCUGAUGUGACUAGCAAGGCAUCGUCAUACGAUGAUGGUGAAGUACUGGUGCUGAUCGGAGGUCGCCUGGCUCACGUCUUGGUACACACCAAUCUCGCACAAGUCAUGGCGAAAACUGAAUUGUCAAUGAGAAAUGUGGACUGUCAGAGUCGAGUGCUGCUGGCCGGUGGUUCCAAGAUGCAGCAUGGCUCCGUGUCGCUGACGGUCACCGAAGCGCUGCUGGACGCGCACGACGGCAUCGUGUCUGGCCACGUCGAAGUCACUCGGGAGCUGAGCCUGCACGGGGUGCGCGACGGUGACGCCCUGCUGCUGCAGGCCAAUCUGGGAAUGCUGGAGGUGAACGUUGAGUAUAUGCACCAGUCGGUACUGAUGGUACAGGUUGCACGCCUGGUCACCGAGAUCAGUUCCCCGCGGCCCGAGGAGGUCGACUCCAAGCUACUCUGGAAAGAGGUGGAUGUCAUCCUCAGUGGCAAUACGAUUCCUAGCAUGAUCAACAUCAGCCUGCGCCUGUCCGAAUUCAUUGAGCAGCAGCGCAAGGCUAUCAAGCGAGCUCUGGGAUCGCUGUUCCCCACGCAGGACAGCCACCACCGUUCUUCUCUGCGAGCGCAGACCGGAACACCAGCUACCCGCCGUCAAAGCAAUCACUUCCAUUGGUACUGGCUGAUCCGCGACGCCAUGAAGUCCGACGAGAAUGCCACUGCCUCGCCGGCUGCAGCUCAUCACGGCACAGCCACUGCUGCUCAUUACGAUCGUGGCGACGAGGAUGACAGCGUGGCUGGCCAGUCUCGUCCUAAACACAUGACUGCCCACGUACUGCUGCAAGGUAAUCAGCUGCUGGUGGCGGCGUUCCACGGCGGCAAUUUCCGCGAGUCCAAGUGGGCCGUGUUCCAGUGGUGUCAGCCGCUACAGAUCGACUUCAGCGCGUCGUUCAUGGAGAAGACAUCCAUGGAAGAUGUGGUAACUAGAGAGCUGGGCUCACGCGGCACGCACUGCAUCACCCAGGCGCUGCGUGUACGCCUCGGCUCUGAGAUGCUGCGCGUGGGCAGUCGGCAUGGCCAGGAGUCGGGCCUGACGGUGAGCGCCACCAACCCUCAGCAGAGGUGCUUGCUGGUGCAGCAUGUACAACGCCAGCGUAGCCACUGCCCGACGCAGCGAGACACGGUCAGCGACUGGAUUAAGUACGUCAAGCCGUGUGGCAGCAGUGGCAGCAGCGUCCAGGAGCAAGACUCGCAUCGCCUGCCGCAAGCCAACGUAGUCCUGUCCUUGCCAGCGUUCGUACUAACCGUAGACACUGACCAGUGGAUGGACACCAGUAAACACAUCCAGCAGCUCGGCAAGACGCAGCAAGACUUCAUUCCUCAGCUGGCUGUCUUCUGCCAGUUUGACUCCACGUUCAAAACGCCUCUCCUGGUUGCUACCGACGUCAGCCUGUACAUUUUCCUACGCAAGCUUGUAAUGGGAUACAUCGAGAGAGCCGGAACAAUGACGGACCAGAGCAGUCGGGGCAGCGGGAGUGCAGCACCGAGCAGCACCCGCUCGCAGAGCGAGACUGGCGAGGCGCCGUCUCCGACGCGAGAGGUCGACUCUCACCGCACCUACUCCACCACGCACUGGCAGCUUCAGCCGCAGCUCCAGCUGCUCUCCUGGGCCCCAGGGAGUGUUCACUUUCAAAACCCGCCGUUCGAGUGGCUUAUAGAGAUGCUGGGAUUCAAGCAUCCCCGUGACACUAUUCCAAAGUGGACGCAGAGAACGCUGAUGGACCCUCUAGACAUGUUGAUGGCAAUACUGUCCAACAAUGUCGAUGACAUCCGCAAGGUCAGUAAGAAGUGAUCUAGCUACGAGGGUAGCCAGAUCAUCGUCAGCAUACACGCAGUGAGGUCUAUGUUGUACGCAUGUGUCACCUUAGUUGUGUAAGUGUGUGUGUGUGUGUGUGUGUGUUUGUGUGUGUGUGUGUGUGUGUGUGUGUGUGUGUGUGUGUGUGUGUGUGUGCGUGUGUGUGUGUGUGUGUAUUUUAUGUUGCAUCAUGCCGAACACAGCACUAGCCCAGGUUUCAUUAGUGAUUAAAAUUGUACGCUUGCUGCCGAAACUCACACACACGAUGCUGCUAUGCCAACAAUGCAUUGUGAACUCAAGUUGUAAGCCCUGAGAUACCCUUGAUGCUAAACCGACUCGUUGACUAUCAUGGUUUGUCUUGUUACCUGUUUUCGUGUGCAUAUGAUGUACUAGUAUGGUUCUUUGGGAUUUUUCUUCAACAAAUUUUGAGAUUUUUUAUCGUGGACUUGGUGAUUUUCCUUAAUCAUGUAGCAUUUAUGUUUUAUCAGGGGAAUAAUAGUACUAUUUUUUAAAUAAAUCUUUAUCAUUCUGAAUGUAGGUUUUUCUUAUCAUUGUACUUACAUACUUACUCAGAGGAGGAAAGAGAAGGGCUACAAAACCCUCUAUACUAUCUCCACAACAAUAUCACGACGUUGGAAUACAUGAUUCAUAUAAUUAUCUUUCUAUUAGUCUUGAAUAUGUGUGCAGUACAUGUACAUGCUUUGCUGAUUA